AUGGAUGCAACCGACACUAUUCGCUCUCCCUUGGGAGACGCGAAGCUCACUCUCGAUGGAUCCGCGAAGCCCUUGUCAUACUUUUUGACCACCAUCCUGGUCAUCAUCUUUGCGUACUCUAUGCAGGGUUCCAAGAUGAACACGCCCUCAAUCAACCCCAAGGGAAAGUUUGAGCUCACUGACAGCCGGCCCAAGCAGCGCUACCUGGCCGGCGCCAGGGAGAUGAUGUACUCAUGGUUCAAGACCAACCCCAACAAGCCGGUCCGAUUAGUUAGCGACAUGGGCGAGACCAUCGUGUUGCCUCCGUCUAUGGCCAACGAAAUUCGAAAUCAUGCUCACCUGAGCUUCACCCAAUUCGCUGCGGAGUUCUUUCAGACCACGACCCCGGGCUUUGACGCCUUCCGCGAGGGAACUCGUGACAGCAUCACGUUGAUAGUUAUCAAUAAGGACCUGACCAAGGCACUUGCAAAGGUCACUGAGCCCCUCGCCGACGAAACCUCGCUGGCUCUAAAAGAUAUCUUCACCGACAGCAAGGAAUGGCAUGCGAUCCCCAUGCGCCCCACGAUCCUUCACUUCAUCGCCCGAAUCUCGUCUCGCGUCUUCUUGGGAACAGAGCUGUGCAGAAACGAAGAAUGGCUUACUAUCACGAAAGAGUAUACCAUGAACGGCUUCUCUGCAGCUGACCGUCUCCGCGAAUGGCCCCGAUUCAUGCGCCCCAUUGUCCACUGGUUCAUGCCCGGCUGCCAAAAGGCUCGCUCUCAAAUCGUCGAGGCCACAGAAAUUAUCAAGCCUAUCAUUGAGAAGCGUCGCGCACUUAAGGCCGCCGCUAUCGCGGAUGGCCGCACGCCGCCAGAGUUUAAUGAUGCAAUCGAUUGGUUCGAGGCCGCUUCGAAGGGCAACCACUACGACCCGGCUAUUUCUCAGCUGUUUUUCUCGACUGUGGCUAUCCACACUACCACUGACCUCUUGGGCCAGGUCCUUGUCGACAUUGCCCGCAACCCCGAAAUCAUCGAGCCCCUGAGGAAUGAGAUCAUUGAUGUGUUGAGCGCGGGUGGGUGGAAGAAGACUUCUCUGUACAGCAUGAAGCUCCUUGACAGUGUUGUCAAGGAAAGCCAGCGCAUGAAGCCUUUGCAGCUUGCCAUGACCAAUACAGCUAGCAUGCAGCGCGUCGCUGUCGGCGAUGUGACUCUCUCCGAUGGCACAUUUAUCCCCAAAGGCACCUCCGUCUCUGUCUCCUCGCACGCACUCUUCGAUGCAAACGUCUACGAGAACCCCGAGAAGUGGGAUGGCUACCGCUUCCUCCGUAUGCGUGAGCAGCCUGGCAAGGAGAACGUAUCACAGCUUGUCUCCACAGCCCCGGAGCACCUCGGCUUCGGUCACGGAAAGCAUGCUUGCCCCGGGCGAUUCUUCGCCGCCAACGAGAUCAAAAUCGCGCUGGUCCACAUCUUGCUGCAGUAUGAGUGGAGACUGCCUGCCGGUGCCAAUACUUCGAUCGUUGACUUUGGCAUCAACCCGGUCCUGAACCCGAUGCUGGAGCUGGAGAUCAGAAGACGCGAGGAGGAAGUUGAUAUGAAGUUUUGA